CGAAAAUUUCAUUCCAAAGUAAAAAUGAAAACAAUAAACUUGAUUACUUUGGCACUUUGUGUUGUUUGCGUGGCUUCGGCUAAUACCAAAAGCGAAUAUCGCAUCGUUGGCGGUGAUGAUGCUGUUGAAGGGCAAUUUCCAUACCAAGCUUCACUCCGAACCAGACUUCAUGGAAGACAUUUUUGCGGAGCAUCGAUUAUCUCCAACCGUUUCUUACUAACUGCAGCACAUUGUACGCAGGAUCUAUAUGGAGAUACAUUGUACAUUUACGGUAUGAUUGGUAGCUAUCGCCGUAAACAAGGUGGCAUCCCAAUAUUUUUUGAUCGAAUUACACCACAUCAAAAAUACGAUACGACAUUAUAUUUUAACGAUAUUUCAUUGAUGCGCACAACUCAAAAUAUUGUCUUCACACCGCUCAUUCAGCCACUGUCAUUGCCAACACAAAAUACUGAUGGAUCCACACCGGUAAUUGUGUCGGGCUGGGGACGUACCACGUUGGACGGAAACGCAGAAAGUUCAGUGCCAAAUGUAUUGCAGUUUGCCAAACCAAUGACAAUUAGCGCUUCAGAAUGCAAAAACAAAUACAAUAGCCAUGAAGCCGGUAAACAUGUUGAUGACAGCAUCCUUUGCACAGUAAACGAUGAAGGAGUUGGCAAUUGCUUUGGAGACUCGGGCGGCCCAUUGGUCGAUGCUAGUGAUCCUGAACACAAAACACUUGUCGGCGUAGUUUCGUGGGUUAUCCCAUGUGCGAUGGGCUUACCAGAUGGUUAUACACGUGUAUACACACAACUAGGAUGGAUUCACGAAAUGAUCACCGAACAAAGUCAAGAUUUAAAAUAAAUUUUAUAUUUGCAUUGUUUGUAGUGAUCUUGCCAUGUGAUCAAUAAAGACCAACAUUUUUCUAACUAA